AAAUGCAGCGCCUGGUGGGAGUGGGAGCCACUGAGCAAGCCCCGUAUUCCGUCCGAAGAGCGAAGAAACGAUCGGAAGUGUUCUAGAGCGCUCUGGAGCGCCGCCGUGACCGUGAACCUUCUCCAACUCUCCCUUCGCUUCCUGUUAAUUACCCCGCCACGGCGCCACCAUUGCUGCAGCCGUCGAAGCAGAAUCACCACGCACACAAACACCAGAACGGAACCGCCGCCGCCGCCGCACUGGAGGAAUCCUGGAUUGGCUCCUCGAUCGAGAAGCGCCCGUGAUGGACUUGGACGCCGCGCCGGUGCUGAAGAGGAAAGGCGUGGAGCCGCCGGAGCUGUGGCUGGACGACGACGGCCCCGGGUUCCCCAUAUCCUCCCGCGCCACCAAGAUCCGCCGCCUCGACGCUGAUGUGCCGCCGGUUGUGCCGACGCCGCCGCAGCUGACGCAGCCGGUGGCUGGUUUUGGCGUGGAGGUGCCGAUGUUCGGCGACGUGCCGGUGCCGGUGGACGUGGCGGCCGCGGUGGCGCCGGCGGCCAACGAGGAGAGGGCGAUCGUCUUGUACAGGCCUGCAGAGGCAGAGCGCAACCUCCUGCUCGGCCCGCUCCGGCGGGGCGCUUCUCUCCGCGUAAGCCCGUAUUGGAUUCACGGGCUCAAGGAAACGAUGCUGCAAGAGGCGAGCAACAACCGGGCUCUGUUCGAGGGGCUCGUUGCAGGCGAGAGCUCCAACCUGGCGAUGGUCCCAUGGGCGCCCUCCCAGUUCCAGUCAGCGGCCCCGGCGGCCACGGUCACCGCGAUGAUGGACGCAGAGGAAGGCAGCGAAGGCGCGUCCAUGGAAGUCGAGCAAGACAGGGCCGGCCAACUCUCGACCGUCGGCGCCGGCGCGCAGCGCGAGGCGCUGCACCAGUGGCCGCCGCACUGCAUGGUACAGCAGCCGCCGAUGCCGGCGGCGAGCUACCAGCCCAGCCCGGUGGCGUGGUCAUGGUGAAGCGCGCGCGGGCUGGCAGGGCGACUGUAGGCAGAGAAUUGUAUUGCAAAAGCACGAGAGCGUAGGUGCAGAUGUCGGUACUCGGCGGUGUACUUCCAUGGUGCCUUUUAGCUGCUGUACGUACGUUACGUUGUUUCAUGUUCCCAGUGGCGAAGCCCGAGCAGGAAGGAGAUUGAGGAACCGAGAAGAUGAGCUUGACCUGCUGACGUCGACUAAGAUGAAGCGCUCUUGGGUUUCAAUUUUGUUUUUGGGUGGGUUCCAUUUUUUGUUGCAGUAGUGGAAAGGAUCAAAGGAGGUGGUCUAUGUUGUAUUUUGGGGUCGAUGUAUGGAAAAUAAUAUUCUACGGUGCGAACUGUAAGAGCAUCUCCAAAGAUCAGACUCCUUUCUUAAAUUUAAGGACUUAA